AUGGUUGGCCGCAACGAUCCUAAGAAUGGAUGCCCUCAGCGUAUUGCGAGCUACGCUCUCUCGCCGAACAGGCAGCGGCCGAUGGCUGGCGCGCUACACGCAGCCAUCUUCAACAUGUUCCGUCGAUUCAGACAUCAGGUCUUAUACGUGGUGCCUCCGUUUAUCAUCGCCUUUGCGGCCAUGAAUUGGGCGAACGAAAAGUAA